GCCAAAGGCCCAAUCAUCAAAGGAGAUCCGGAAGGGAUCCUUCAUUCUGAUCCAAAACCCUAAAACCCUCACUCACAUGAUGAACCCUCCACCGGCGAAACCCGCUCCUCCGGGAGGAGACACGACCCUGAAGGGAGAAUGCGGCAACUGCGGCUGGAAGGAGCGUCGGCUCCUCCACUGGCUCUGGAUUCGCGGCAUGAACCGCUUGGUGUGUACCUCCUGCGUCCUCCGCCUCCACCCCUCCUUCUUCUGCCCCUCCUGCUUCGACUUCUUCGACCACCCUCUCUCCAACACCUCCUCCGCCUUCGCCCACCGCUUCGUCUCCUGCACCAAGUGCUCCUCCCUCACCCACCUCUCCUGCCUCCCUUCCCCUCCCCCCUCUCCCUUCCUCUGCCCCCCCUGCUCCCAACACAACUUCUCCUUCUUCCCCGAUUCCACCGCCCCCUUAGAUAAACGCCGCGCCCUCAUCCUCCUCUGCGCCUGCAAGCUCGCCGCGGCCUCCGUCGCUAAAUCCCUCGCCCUCGCCCGGACCAGAGUCGAACGCACCGUCCGCGAGGCCGCCCUCGCCAGAAAGAGGGCCCGGGACGCUCUCGACCAUUGCUCCACCGUGGAGAAGAUCAAGCGCCUCGGCCUCCUAGGCACCUUCGAUGCUUCUAACUCUAAGUAUUUGGGAAUGGGAACGAUGAAUCAUAACCAUAAUAAUGUUACUGUUUUGAAUGGCUUCGUGGGACCUCAGGGCAAGGUUAAGGCUGAUGUCAACAACAUUGAUGCCUAAUUGCCCAAUCGAGUAGCGUAGUUCAUCUAACAUUUUGCUCUGGAAAAACCAUUCGGAUUUCUCAAGGCAGAGGAAGAGACUGACUGUGUUCUGGACUUGUUAUUGCGGUGGGAUUUUGAGUAAGAACACAUCUCACUAGUUUUUUUUUUUCUCUCAAAGCAUACGGUUGAUUCGUUUCAUUAUCCAUUCCUUUAUUCCCUUGUAAAGCCCGCGUACCAUUGUGAUUAUGCAAUUCUAUUUCAUUUUAAGUGCCCCCGGCUGUAAUUAAGUCAUGCAAAAAAUUUUCCCCAUUAGUGAGUAUCAUUUUUUUUUUUUAGUCCAUUUUCUUUUUAGUUUCUAUAUUAGGUGACUGAUGGUGACAGACUCCUCACAUUGACUUUGGAUAUCUUGGAUUCAUUAGCUAUCAAUUUUGGAAUUGAUUGGAUUUGGGAAUUCUUUUUCAUUGGGGAGAUUUUAGUUUAGACUUGGGCCAUAGCAAAUUUCACGUUUGAGAACUGGUUAGUAGUUUGCUAGAGUUGCUGUUUGCAGCAGAAGAAAUUUAAAUAUAUUUUGUAUUCAAUUUAAUGUCAGGUUUAUGUUUCUGCUUACCCAGCUAUUGUGUUUGCUGGGAGUAGGGCAUGCCUUAACAAACUGUUGAAGAUCAACAGUUUCUCUCCGUUGGCUCUUGAUGUUCCGUUUUAAUUCUCAUGGUAAAAAUUAUCGCGUGACCUUGUCGGCCCUUUUCUUUUUUUGAUAAGCUUAAAUUUUAUUGAAUUAAGAGUGCUAGUGGAUGAAGCAUUAGGGAUGCUCAGUCAAGCACCAAAAAUGGAAGUACAGAACAUGGGAAAUUCUGCAUAUUAUGAAAACUAAAAGCAAAACACGAAAACAUCCACCAAAUGCCUUGAGCAAAGUGGCCUUACAUCUAGACAAAUACCAUUUGAAAUGGCCAAAACAAAAGAUCAUAUUUCCUUGGCUUAUAUAGUCCCCUUCCACAAAGUUACUAAGUCCAAAUCUAAUAUGUUAUACUUCCCACAGAUCAUGGCCUCCAGCUGGAGAAUACAAAAUCAGCACACGGAAAACAUGAUUUGAGUUUUGUAUGGAAAAAUCCUGACACGUGCCCUUGUUAGUCUUUCAGGGCAAUCUGAAGUUUACGUUCUUUUGAGGCAGCUUAAUAUGUAUGUAUGCACUGCAUGAAUUGGGGAUGUCAUGCUGUUAUUUGUGUUGCUUUCUCUUCAGACUGACUCUUGAAUAUUUUGUGGAGUGGUGAUGGUCACAUUGUGCUCAUAUUCUGCUGCUAGCAUCACAGUAGAACAGCCUCUUUUUCUCUAUUUUUCUUGUGCAGGUCGCAUUUUACUUGGGGUGGAAAGGGAGGUUAUUUAAAUCUGCUUAGGUUCCUAGAUAAAUUAUUAUCACGAGAUUCACGAGUAUUAUGUUCCACAGACAAUUUAAGAUGCUAUUUUGUCUGUCAUUUUGGAUUGAGUAGACAUAUUAUGUUGUGAAUGGUAAUGAGCAAUACAUGAAUCCUUCUAUGUCUAUUGAGUAUUGAUGGUUGAUAUCAUUGAUAAAGAGCGUUCAGCACUUAAGGUGUGGGGAGGUGGAAGCUACUUUAAAAAAUACAUGGUUUAUCUUAUUUCAGAAGUUGUAACAUUAGAGGAACUCUUCAAUUGUACAUAUUAGUAAUUCUUGUAUAGUCUUGACUAGGUCCGGCAUUAUGGAAAUCAAAUCAGAAUACGGUCUUAAA